GCCACAAAGUCAGCGCGUGUCAAAAGUUAUGAACCCACUGUUUACCUUGUAUUAUUGGGAAAACAACUGCAACCUACCUUAAUCCACCAGUCCACACCCCAUGAGCUGUAAAAUCCCAAUUUCAACCCACAUACCGCCAACAAUCCUUUCACGGAUUCUCGCAGCAGACCGAACUUCUUGCAGUACUUAACACAUCCCUGGUACCAAUGGAGUUUUGACAGACUGCGAGAUCGUACAGGAUCAACUCUGUUCGCUCCUUUCGAUACACACUCAUAGGCAACGUUUGUUCUGGUUAUCCUCGUCGAGAUUCGAGAUUCUCUCUCUCCCACUAUUGCCCCUCGUUUUCUGUUGUUACCCCCCAACCCACACCACCAUUCAAACGCUCGAGUAAAUAGCAACCGAGUUCAAUUUCUUUGGUGCAGGUUACCCUCCAGAAUUCGAGGUUCCCAUAGUCAUUCAACGCCUCUCCUCCAAUCUAAUUUUUGUUUCUUACAUUCCUUCGAUCCAAUUCAAUUCUAGUGCAGUAAUAGCCAUCCUUGAAAAUGGAUAACUACCAGAAGCUUGAGAAGAUUGGCGAAGGCACUUAUGGUGUCGUUUAUAAAGCCCGAGACUUGGCCCAUGGCGGCCGUAUCGUCGCAUUGAAGAAGAUUCGUCUCGAAUCUGAGGAUGAGGGUGUUCCUAGUACUGCCAUUCGAGAGAUCUCUCUGCUCAAGGAGAUGCGUGACCCCAACAUCGUCAGACUGUUUAACAUCGUCCAUGCCGAGGGCCACAAGCUCUACUUAGUCUUCGAAUUUCUCGACCUCGAUCUGAAGAAGUACAUGGAGGCACUUCCCGUUAGCGAUGGUGGUCGCGGUAAAGCUCUACCUGAAGGUUCGGGGCCCGAGCUGGGACGCCUUGGACUGGGUAGUAGCAUGGUUCGCCGAUUCAUGAGCCAGCUUUGCGAAGGAAUACGAUACUGCCAUAGCCACCGAAUUCUGCACCGAGAUCUCAAACCGCAGAACUUGCUGAUUGACCGCGACGGAAACUUGAAGCUUGCCGACUUUGGCUUGGCGCGUGCUUUUGGAGUGCCCCUUAGAACAUAUACCCACGAGGUCGUUACGCUCUGGUACCGGGCCCCGGAGAUUCUACUUGGCGGACGACAGUACUCCACGGGUGUCGACAUGUGGUCCGUAGGCUGUAUCUUUGCAGAGAUGUGCACUAGGAAACCGUUGUUCCCCGGAGACUCGGAGAUCGACCAGAUUUUCAAGACUUUCCGCUUAUUGGGUACUCCUACUGAGGAGGUAUGGCCUGGAGUUACUUCUUACCCCGACUUCAAAGCUUCAUUCCCCAAGUGGGUACGUGACCAUUCGACGGUCCUAUGCUCGAACCUUGAUGACAACGGCCUCGAUCUUCUAGAAGCUCUGCUCGUAUACGAUCCCGCCGGCCGAAUUUCUGCUAAGCAAGCCUGCCAUCACCCUUACUUCAAUGAUCUACCUCGCCAGCCGACCCGAUAUGGAAGUAAUGGAUACGCUUGAGUUCUAUUUCGUCUUAUCGAAUGAACUAGGCAUCUUACGGCUCAGCCCAAAGCACAAUAUGCUUACUUAUACGGAGCAUUAGUAUUGCCCUUCAGGAUACGGCGACUCGGGCAUUAAUCAACGACAAUGACAACAAUACUAUGUAACACUAUCAUCAGAUAUGUCCUUUAUCAGGAAUCCUCUGCGUCUCUUAUGCCUUGAGCGGAUCUGUGGAGGAAGUAUCCUCGUCAGGUUUCCCAUGUUUUCGCAACCUAUGCAGUCCAUGGACGAUGACUUUACAGGGCGUUGGGAGGGGAUACUCGGCAUUUGAGAGGAGUCAGGAAGGAAAGGGAACUGUGCAUAAGAAUGGCCUCUUUUUCCCUCGGGGGUCAUGGACACGGCAGCAUGAUAAUCAUAGGUCCUCGGAUCUUCUCGCCGGACCGGAAAUGCCCCCUUUUUUGUUUUCUUUUGUCUGAACUCUGAAUUAGUUGCUCGGCUUCAGAGAUGAUGUAUUUGCCAUGGCAUACCCAGGUAGGGUGAAGCAAUUAAGAUUUGUUACAUUCUCCGAUUGAUGGACUUGAUGAUUCCGUUUCUUUAUGCAUCCCUUAUAAGGGCUUAGGUACCUAACCUAACCCAUAACCUGUAGAAAUGUUCGGUAGGCAAAUAUUCUUUAUACAUGCAUCAAAGUUG